AAAGACGGACGGGUUAUAAAAGAAGACGACCUCCAGCCAAUGAACCCUCCUAAGUUUGACAUGAUAGAGGACAUGGCCAUGUUGACACACCUGAACGAAGCAUCUGUCCUCUUCAACCUGAGGAGGAGAUACAGCAUGUGGAUGAUCUAUACCUACUCUGGUCUGUUCUGUGUCACAGUCAAUCCAUACAAAUGGCUGCCGGUCUACACUCCUGAGGUGGUGACAGCCUACAAAGGGAGGCGCCGUGCAGAUAUGCCGCCCCACAUCUACGCCAUCGCUGACAAUGCUUACACUGACCUGCUUCAGAAUCGUGAGAACCAGUCAAUGCUCAUCACCGGUGAGUCAGGUGCCGGGAAAACAGUCAACACCAAGAGGGUGAUACAGUACUUCGCCAUCGUCGCUGCUUUAGGAGAAAAUGUGAAAAAAGGAGGAUCUUUAGAGGAUCAGAUUAUUGAAGCUAAUCCAGCCAUGGAAGCAUUUGGGAAUGCCAAAACCAUCCGCAAUGACAACUCCUCCCGCUUUGGCAAGUUCAUCAGAAUUCACUUUGGCCCAACAGGGAAACUGGCGUCUGCUGACAUCGACAUCUACCUUUUAGAAAAGUCCAGAGUUGUUUUCCAGCAGCCCGGAGAGAGGAGCUACCACAUCUAUUACCAGAUUCUGUCCAAUCACAAGCCAGAAUUACAAGACAUGCUGCUGGUGACCACCAACCCCUACGACUACCACUUCUGCUCUCAGGGUGUGACCACAGUGGAGGGCAUCAGUGACGGAGAGGAACUGAGGCUCACCGAUCAUGCCAUGGACACGCUGGGCUUCACUCCAGAGGAGAAGUACGGCUGCUACAAAAUCGUUGGAGCCAUCAUGCACUUCGGUAACAUGAAGUUCAAGAAGAAACAGAGAGAAGAACAGGCUGAAGCGGAUGGCACAGAAAGUGCAGAUAAGGCAGCUUACCUGAUGGGCAUCAGCUCUGCUGACCUGCUGAAAGGCCUGCUGAAUCCCCGAGUGAAAGUGGGAAAUGAGCUUAUUGUUAAAGGACAGACUGUAGAACAGGUCAACUAUGCAGUGGCCGCCCUGGCCAAAGCCACCUAUGACCGCAUGUUUAAGUGGCUGGUGGGUCGUAUCAACUCGUCCUUAUACACUUCUUUGCCUCGUCAGUACUUCAUCGGUGUCCUGGACAUCGCCGGAUUUGAGAUUUUUGAGUUCAAUAACUUUGAGCAACUGUGCAUCAACUACACCAAUGAGAAGCUGCAGCAGUUCUUUAACCACCACAUGUUCAUCCUGGAGCAGGAAGAGUACAAGGCUGAAGGCAUCGAGUGGACCUUCAUAGACUUUGGUUUGGACUUACAGGCCUGCAUAGACCUCAUAGAGAAGCCAAUGGGUAUUCUGUCCAUCAUGGAGGAGGAAUGUAUGUUCCCCAAAGCCACGGACCACAGCUUUAAAACCAAACUUUACGACAACCAUCUAGGGAAGUCACCAAACUUCCAGCGGCCGCGUCUAGACAAGAAGCGCAAAUAUGAGACGCACUUUGAGUUGGUUCACUAUGCUGGAGUGGUGCCGUACAACAUCACAGGCUGGCUGGACAAGAACAGAGAUCCUCUGAAUGAGACGGUGGUGGCCCUCUUCCAGAAAUCCUCCAACAAACUGAUGGCUGGACUUUUUGAGAACUACGUCAGCUCGGAUAUGCCUAUUGAUCCGAAGGCUGAAACCAAACAGAGGAGGAAGAAAGCAGCUUCUUUCCAAACUGUCUCACAGUUGCACAAGGAAAAUCUUAAUAAGCUGAUGGCUAACCUUCGCAGCACUCAACCUCACUUUGUGCGCUGCAUAAUCCCCAAUGAGAGCAAGAAUCCAGGUGUGAUGGAUCCCUUCCUGGUCCUCCAUCAGCUGAGGUGUAACGGGGUCCUUGAGGGGAUCAGGAUUUGCAGGAAGGGCUUUCCGAACCGCAUCCUGUACGCUGAGUUCAGACAGCGUUAUCGUAUCUUGAACCCUUCUGCGAUUCCAGAGGACUCAUUUGUGGACAACAGGAAGGCUGUGGAGAAACUGCUGGGCUCUCUUGAAAUAGACCACAGCCAGUACAAGUUUGGACACACAAAGGUGUUCUUUAAGGCGGGUCUGUUGGGUCAGUUGGAGGACAUGAGGGACAACCGUCUGUCUCAGAUCCUCACCACCGUUCAGGCCAUAUGCAGAGGGAAGCUCAUGAGGAUGGAGCGACAGAAACUGAUGCUGCAAAGGGACGCUGCGAUGGUGAUCCAGUUUGCCAUCAGGGCAUUCUUCUCAGUGAGGACUUGGCCGUGGAUGAUGUUGUUCUAUAAGCUCCGUCCGCUGCUCAGGAGUGCCCAGGUAGAGAAGGAACUGGCCGCUCUGAACGAAGAGUUCAAGAAACUAAAAGAGGCCUACGGCAGGUCGGAGGUGAAGCGGAAGGAGGCGGAGGAGCGGCAGGUGGCUUUGGUUCAGGAGAAAAAUGACCUGGCUCUUCAGCUUCAAGCAGAGCAGGACAACCUGAUGGAUGCCGAGGACCGCUGCAACCAGCUGAUUCAGUCUAAAAUCUCUCUGGAGUCAAAGCUGAAGGAGAUGCAGGAGCGCCUGGAGGACGAGGAGGAGGUGAGCUCCACGCUGACGUCCAAGAAGCGUCAGCUGGAGGACGAGGUGUUAUCGCUGAAGAGAGACGUGGAUGACCUGGAGAUGACCCUGGCUAAAGUGGAGAAAGAGAGACAUGGGGUUGAGAACAAGGUGAAGAACCUAUCACAGGAGAUGUCUGUUCUAGAUGAAUCCAUCGCAUCUCUGAGCAGAGAGAAGGCUGCCCUGCUGGAAGCUCACCAGCAGGCAUUGAAUGACCUCCAGGCGCAGGAGGACAAAGUCAACAUGCUGGCCAAGGCCAAAGCUCGACUGGAGCAGCAAGUGGACAGUGUUGAGACUUCGCUGGAGCUGGAGAAGAAGGUGCGGACCGAUCUGGAACGAACCAAACGGAAAUUAGAGGGGGAUCUGAAGCUGUCCAUGGACUCAGUGCGGGACCUGGAAAACCAGAAGGAAGAGCUGGAAGAGAGACUGAGAAAGAAAGACUUUGAGUUGGUGCAGCUUCAGUCAAAAGUGGAGGAUGAGCAGAGUCUGGCUGCUCAGCUUCAUAAGAAGAUCAAAGAGCUUCAGACUCGUAUUGAGGAGCUGGAGGAGGCGCUGGAGGCGGAGCGGGCGUGGCGUUCCAAGGCGGAACGUCAGAGGAACGACAUUGCCAGAGAACUGGAGGAGCUGGGAGAGAAGCUGGAGGAGGCAGGAGGAGCCUCAGCAGCUCAGAUCGCCCUCAACAGGAAGCGAGAGGCAGAUUUCCUGAAGUUGCGGCGGGAGCUGGAGGAGGCGGGGCUUCACCAUGAGGCAACAGCAGCCACCCUGAGGAAGAAGCACUCGGACAUGGUGACGGAGCUCAGCGAGCAGAUAGAUGCUCUGCAGAGAGUCAAACAGAAGCUGGAGAAGGAGAAGGCGGAGUUCCGGCUGGAGGCUGAUGACCUGGCUGCCAGCGUGGAGCAGCUCUCCAGGUCCAAGGCUGCUGUGGAGAAGAUGUGCAGGGUUUAUGAGGACCAGCUGAAUGAAAGCAGGAGCAGAGCAGAUGAGCUGCAGAGACAACUGUCUGAAGUCAACGCUCAGAAAGCACGAGCAGUCACAGAAACCACCGAGUACAGACGUCGUCUGGAGGAGCGAGACGCUACGAUUGCUCAGCUCCAGCGCUUGAAGGUGGGCGUUUGCCAGAAUGUUGAGGAUAUGAAGAAACAGCUGGAGGAGGAGAGCAAAGCUCGCGUGGCGCUGGCUCAUGCGGUGCAGGCAUCCCGACACGACUGCAGCCUCCUCAGGGAACAGCUGGAGGAGGAGCAGGAAGCAAAGGCUGAACUGCAGAGGGCGCUGUCUACAGCCAACAGUCAGGGGGUUCAGUGGAAAGCAAAGUAUGAGACUGAUGCUGUGCUGAGGAUAGAGGAGCUGGAGGAAGCAAAGAAGAAACUGGUCGUGAGACUGCAGACUCUCGAAGAAGUUGCAGAGGCGUCUCAGGCCAAAUGCUCCUCACUGGAGAAAACUAAACAGCGUCUGCAGAUAGAGAUGGAAGACCUGAUGGUCCAACUGGAGCGCUCCAACGCUGCAGCUUUGGCUCUGGACAAGAGGCAACGCACCUUUGACAUGGUGCUCAGUGACUGGAAGCUGAAGUUUGACGAGUGUCAGAUGGAGCUGGAGGCCUCGCAGAAAGAGUCUCGCAGUCUGAGCACUGAGCUCUUCAAACUGAAGAACUGCUAUGAAGAAGCUCUGGACCAGCUGGAGACGAUUAAACGAGAAAACAGGAACCUGCAGGAGGAGAUUAUGGAUCUGACAGAUCAGAUCAGUCAGGAAGGGAAGACGAUCCAUGAGCUGGAGAGGAUGAAGAAGAUCCUCGAUGUGGAGAAGAGCGACAUUAAAGCUGCCCUGGAGGAAGCAGAGGGAACCUUGGAACAUGAGGAAAGCAAGAUCUUGAGAUAUCAGAUGGAGCUGGAGCAGAUAAGGGCAGAGAUGGACCGAAAGAUUUCAGAGAAAGAGGAGGAGAUCGACAGCCUCAGGGGGAGCCAGCAGCGUUCCCUGGAGACUAUGCAGGCCAAUUUGGAGGCAGAAAUUCGUCAUCGCAGCGAGGCGGUUCGUUUGAGGAAGAAGAUGGAGUCUGACCUGAACGAGAUGGAGGUUCAGCUGGGAAACGCCAACAGACAGCAAGCAGAGAGCCAGAGGAUCAUCAGACACCUGCAGACACAGGUUAAAGAGCAGCAGGUGGAGCUAGAAGACAAAGUCCAGCUGACCAAUCAGCUCAGAGAGCAAAUCGCCCUCCUGGAGCGGCGGUGUUCACUGAUGUCAGCGGAGGAGGAGGAGCUGCGGGGGGUCCUGGAACAGACUGACCGCGCCCGCAAGAUGGCCGAACAUGAGCUGGUGGAGGUGUCAGAGAGAGUUAACCUGCUCGCUACACAGAACGCGGGCCUCAUGAACCAGAAGAAGAAGCUGGAGGCCGAUCUGUCUGUGCUGACUGGAGAGGUGGACGAGGCGAUGCAGGAGAGCCGCAACGCUGAGGAGAAGGCCAAAAAGGCCAUCACUGAUGCGGCUAUGAUGGCGGAGGAGCUGAAGAAGGAGAUGGACAGCAGCACUAUGCUGGAGAGAAUGAAGAGGAAUAUGGAGUCUACUGUAAAAGAACUGCAGGUGAAACUGGAUGAAACGGAGCAGAUGGCGCUGAAGGGAGGAAAGAAACAACUCCACAAACUGGAGACAACAGUGAGGGCGCUGCAGACGGAGCUGACUUUGGAGCAGAAGAAGAGCGAGGAGUAUCAGAAGGGGGUCCGACGCUACGAGAGGAAAGUGAAGGAGCUGACGUACCAGUCAGAGGAGGACAAGAAGACUUUGCUCAGGAUGCAGGAGCUCAUUGAAAGGCUGCAGGCCAAAGUGAAGAGCUACAAGAGACAAGCUGAGAACGCUGAGGAGCAUGUGAGCUGCACUGCCAUACGUUUCCGCAAAGUCCAACACGAGCUGGACGAAGCCGAGGAGAGAGCAGACAUCGCCGAGACGACCGUCAACAAGCUGAGGAUUCGAACUCGUGAACAGACCAGCAAGGUCGCCAUGAUCACUGAAUGAAGCUCUGCAGCAUCUCCAUCACUGAUUAACUGACGUGUUGUUUGUUACCUGCUGUGUGUUUUUAUCCAGUGUGUUUGUACAUCUGCAUCUACUGUACGACAAUAAGUUUCUUCAAUGAAAAGUAAUAUAACCUGGUUUGAAGGGGAAGUGUUGAGGGCUGCGAGUACCCUCACCCCUGUGUAAAGCAUCAGUUCUCACCACCUUAAACUUUCUUUUAAACAGUUUUAUGCGUGUUUGUUCUCAGGGGGUUCAGCAUGCUUAACCAAAUUAAAGAGAAGACUAAAGAUCUUUUUAAAAUAGCAGUUUAAUCCCCCUUCCACAGUCAGCGAUACUGGAAAAAUAAUGUAAGACAAAAAAGAAAGAAAGAAAAAUUAUUUGUGUUUUACUUUGUCAGUGCUUCUUGUAUUUCUACAGGCAUGAGGCGAAUCCAGGAAACGACAACUGUACAGACCUACAAGGCUGUAUACAUACCACUGGGAUGGGAUCAGUUGAGCCAAUGGUUCAUGUAGACUGGCACUAUUGGUUUAAUAGUGAUAGAUUUAAGAGGAUUUCUCAGAGAUUUCUCCUCAUAGUUUCAGACAUUUCAUUGUAAAGAUUAAGGAUGCUGUACUUUUAUUCGGACUGUCAGACGUUUGUGUGGCAGUACAUAAGAUGCAAGAUGUUAGGGAAGGGGACCGGUUUUGUCAUAGUGGGUGACAGAGUGUGAGGCUGUGGCUAUUUCUGGAGACAUACUAAAUGUUGAUGAAAAUGCUGCUGGUAUUAAAAAAAAUCAUGAACCAGUCCAAUAAACAGCAGCAAGAGUCAGUAACAGAAUGAGCUGUUGGACAUUGGCAGAGAAGAUUUGGCAAGUUUUUCAUGGUUGCAACACACAUGGAACCAUUUAAUAAAUGGGAAAAUAAACCUGCUUUCCACUGGGACAGGAUUUAAUGCAAAGAAGCGUCGUUACAAUAAAGAAAUAGUAAAACUAUUAAUGAAUAAAAAAUGUUUUGUGCUAAAUCAAUUUAGCAGUGUUUUACGUCAGUACUGAAUCAGAUGAUUUUGUGCAUAAAAAGUUUGGUUUGUAACUGUUUUGUGGUGUCAGACUGUAACCACUGUGCAUAAAAGCUGUUUGCAGUCACUUCCCAAUUAAAGAAAGAAAAAACAGUGUUUAGAGACCAGCUGUUUAACCGAAGGGGGAAAAACAUACUCAAGAGGUGGUGGAGACCAAAAAUGGAGCUAAAAAGAGAGCUUUCUGAUUGCUGGAUGGAACAUCAGUGCUGGAUUCUUCUCUGCCCAGUGAUGGCCAAAAACAUGUUAAUGGGAAAGAAUGCAAACAAAAGAAGUGUGCCUGUAUUCAGACUGUAAUUAUGUUGAUGUGUGGUUUUAUAAUUAUUUUAACUGAGUUGUUCUUUGUAGUGACCAAUAAAAGCCCGAUGCUGUUGAUGCUG